UGACAGUCCUAAGUUCAUCUGAUUGUCCUAAGUGCCAAUGACAGACCUAAGUUCAUCUGACUGUCCUAAGUGCCAAUACAGUCCUAAGUUCAUCGGACUGUCCUAAGUGCCAUUGACAGUACUAAGUUCAUAUGACUGUCCUAAGUGCCAUUGACAGUCCUAAGUUCAUCUGACUGUCCUAAGUGCCAAUGAGAGUCCUAAGUUCAUCUGACAGUCCUAAGUGCCAAUGAGAGUCCUAAGUUCAUCUGACUGUCCUAAGUGCCAAUGAGAGUCUUAAGUUCAUCUGACUGUCCUAAGUGCCAAUGAGAGUCCUAAGUUCAUCUGACUGUCCUAAGUGCCAAUGAGAGUCCUAAGUUCAUCUGACUGUCCAAAGUGCCAAUGACAGUCCUAAGUUCAUCUGAUUGUCCUAAGUGCCAAUGACAGUCCUAAGUUCAUCUGACUGUCCUAAGUGCCAUUUAUUUUAAAGCGCCGCUGACCGCCCUACCUGCAAUGCAUUACUACGCAGCCCUUGUACUGACGGUCAUCACCGGACUGACCACUGCCGCUCUCCCUGCCCAGGCCAAGAACAUGUUUUUAACUAAACACAACACAGCUAGGGACGUCGCACACGUUCCACAUCUGGUAUGUAGAUAAGUUGAUCCACAGACCGUAGGUGCUGGAGUAUGUUUUGGGCGACGAAUCCCGAGUGGUAUAAUUAGCUUAUAAUUUAAGUAUUAAAGAGAUAUUGAAAAUAGGACAUUACUCUGUACUUACAAUUAUAUGAAUAAAAUCACAACAGAUGCAUUUUUAAGAAAUGAUCUUUUAUGAACUGAAUCUUUGUUAAAUGGCGUCUUCUCCUGGGUCCUAAAUGCUUAAAGUUGUAUUUCUCAUUUUUCCUUUUUUGUUUCCUCACGAGGAGUGUUGGAUUAUACAUUUUUGUUGUGUUAGUGUAGACCUAGAGUAUUACAUCUGCCACAUUGGCUUUGUCUUAUUGUUUCAUGUCACAUCACGUCAUCCAAAAAAAAAUAUAUCUGAUUACCGUUCUUCUUCUUCUUCUUCUAUAUCUUAAGGGCCCACGAUCAAUUUAUUGAUCAUUUUGGCUCCUGUGCAUGUAGAGGGGAUUUGCAAUGUUUCUGUGCCUGAUGUUCAUGAGGAUAUUUCACUGAUUGCAAGGGCUAUUUUGUGAGGGUAUCAUGCACUGGGGAUUGAAAGGUUGUCACCCUAGUUUACGGCUUGUCUUGUUCUACUUCGCUCCACUUUUUUCUCCAUCACAAUAUUUCUUUUUAAGUGGGUCAGAAAACGUAGGCUUAAUAUACACUGUUUAGAAUUAACCGUGUUUUUUCCCCAGAGUUCCAGUGUCUCAUAAUAACGAGGUUUUUUUUUUUCCUUCUUGUAACAAAAAGAAAAUAAUAAUAAUUUCUGCGCUGACUGUUGAAACUAGGAAUGGCGAGCGAAUACAAAAGACAUUUAACAAAGAAACGUAUAUUUACUCUAUUAUGAUUAAAUGUCAAUGUGUAUUUAAACACUAGGAAACACUGGAACAUUAACCAACCGAAAAAAGGAUUUAUGAACUGUUGGACGUUUGUUAUUUGUUUUUUCCAGGCGUGGAGCGCAGCCCUCGAGACCUACGCCAGAAAUUGGGGGCUUAAGUGUCUGUGGCAACACAGCAAUGGGUCCUACGGGGAAAAUAUUUACUCCUCCUCUCGUAAGUCUACUUUGAAACUGAGAUUUAGCGACGCAUUGGUAAUCAUUGUUUAAUUCUAAUUUCGCCCGGUUACAAUGUGCUUAAAGAAGCUGGCAAGACUUGAGUUUUACUUAAAAUAAAUCAAUGGACAUUUAAAAAAAAAAAAUUGUACGAUGUUUGAAAGGUAAUUGAAAAUUAUAGAAUGUUUGUUAAAAGAAUAGACAAUUACAGAGCGUUUGAAAGAUAAUUGUCGAUUAAAGAAUGUUUGAAAGAUAAUUAGACAAUUAUAGAAUGUUUAAAAGAUAAUAGACAAUUAUAGAAAAUUGAUAAGAUCAUAGACUAUUAUAGAAAAUUUGAAAGAUAAUUGACAAUUACACACUGUUUGAAAGAUAAUAGACAAUCAUAGAAUUUUUUGAAAAAUAAUAGACAAAUAUUGAACGUUUAUAAAAUAAUCGACAAUUAUAGAAUGUUUGAACGAUAAUCGACAAUUAUAGAAUGUUUGAACGAUAAUCGACAAUUAUAGAAUGUUUGAAAGAUAAUCGACAAUUAUAGAAUGUUUGAACGAUAAUCGACAAUUAUAGAAUGUUUGAAAGACAAUCGACAAUUAUAGAAUGUUUGAAAGAUAAUCGACAAUUAUAGAAUGUUUGAACGAUAAUCGACAAUUAUAGAAUGUUUGAACGAUAAUCGACAAUUAUAGAAUGUUUGCAAGAUAAUCGACAAUUAUAGAAUGUCUGAAAGAUAAUCGAAAAUUAUAGAAUGUUUGAAAGAUAAUCGACAAUUAUAGAAUGUUUGAACGAUAAUCGACAAUUAUAGAAUGUUUGAACGAUAAUCGACAAUUAUAGAAUGUUUGAAAGAUAAUCGACAAUUAUAGAAUGUUUGAACGAUAAUCGACAAUUAUAGAAUGUUUGAAAGAUAAUCGACAAUUAUAGAAUGUUUGAAAGAUAAUCGACAAUUAUAGAAUGUCUGAAAGAUAAUCGACAAUUAUAGAAUGUUUGAAAGAUAAUCGACAAUUAUAGAAUGUUUGAAAGAUAAUCGACAAUUAUAGAAUGUUUGAACGAUAAUCGACAAUUAUAGAAUGUUUGAAAGAUAAUCGACAAUUAUAGAAUGUUUGAAAGAUAAUCGACAAUUAUAGAAUGUUUGAAAGAUAAUCGACAAUUAUAGAAUGUUUGAAAGACAAUCGACAAUUAUAGAAUGUUUGAACGAUAAUCGACAAUUAUAGAAUGUUUGAAAGAUAAUCGACAAUUAUAGAAUGUUUGAACGAUAAUCGACAAUUAUAGAAUGUUUGAAAGAUAAUCGACAAUUAUAGAAUGUUUGAAAGAUAAUCGACAAUUAUAGAAUGUUUGAAAGAUAAUCGACAAUUAUAGAAUGUUUGAAAGACAAUCGACAAUUAUAGAAUGUUUGAACGAUAAUCGACAAUUAUAGAAUGUUUGAACGAUAAUCGACAAUUAUAGAAUGUUUGAACGAUAAUCGACAAUUAUAGAAUGUUUGUACGAUAAUCGACAAUUAUAGAAUGUUUGAACGAUAAUCGACAAUUUAUAGAAUGUCUGAAAGAUAAUCGACAAUUAUAGAAUGUUUGAAAGAUAAUCGACAAUUAUAGAAUGUUUGAAAGAUAAUCGACAAUUAUAGAAUGUUUGAACGAUAAUCGACAAUUAUAGAAUGUUUGUACGAUAAUCGACAAUUAUAGAAUGUUUGAACGAUAAUCGACAAUUUAUAGAAUGUCUGAAAGAUAAUCGACAAUUAUAGAAUGUUUGAAAGAUAAUCGACAAUUAUAGAAUGUUUGAACGAUAAUCGACAAUUUAUAGAAUGUCUGAAAGAUAAUCGACAAUUAUAGAAUGUUUGAAAGAUAAUCGACAAUUAUAGAAUGUUUGAAAGAUAAUCGACAAUUAUAGAAUGUUUGAAAGGUUUUACCAUGCUAUAAAAGGAUAUGAAACGUCAUUUAAAAAAAGUUAUGAAAUGUUUGAAGGUUGUAUAACAAAUAAUCAAAGAAUAGGAUAUGUUAUGCAAGGUUAUAAAAUCCUUCACUUUAGGUAUCCCGUCUUGUACUUUAGACAGUUACUUCACUUCUCAUCGUGUAGCUAUUUAUAGAAGUUAUAGUUAAUCUCAUUGGGGCAAAUAUAUAUAGAUAUAGAUUUAUUAAAUCAGUAUUAAUUGUGAAUUAAAAAAAUAAUAAUAUUUGAUUAGUUCUUUCUAUUGUCUUCUCCCUAAAGCUAAAAAGAAUAAUCUCACAGUACUAGCCAGGAGUGCGGCCGACAUGUGGCUUGCGGAGAAACCAAGUGGGGGUCACUACGUCAACGUAAGUUUUUGGAGUUAAUGGUUAUUACUUCCCUUGGAAUUUUUUUUUUUUUUUUAAAGCCCCUUUUUAAAAAGAAAAAUUAACUUUUAGGCUGGAGAGUAAUUUUAAAUGAAGAGUCGGAAAGAUACAAUAAUCUAUGAAACAUUCGAACCUUGAGGAUAAGACGAGUUGCGAUUUUUGUGUAGGCAUGAAAAAUACAAAUUGCACUAAUGCACUGGUUCUCAACCUUCCUAAUGCCACGACCCUUUAAUACAGUUCCUCAUGUUGUAGCGACCUCCAGCCACAAAAUUAUUAUCUUUGAUGCUUUAUAACUUAAUAAAGUAUAUGCGUUUUCCGAUGGUCUUAAGCGACCCUUAUGAAAUGGUCGUGCGACCCCCAAAAGGAUCGUGAUCCACAGGUUGAGAACCGCUGCACUAAUGCAUUAAAGCAGCCCAGGAAACAAAGAGGACAUGGUCUUGGAGUGAACGAUCUUUUUAGUUUUUUUGUUUUAGUUUUAAAAAACGGAAGGCUGAUAUAUGGUAUAAAUUUUGUCCCAUGUGACUUAAUUAAUAUCCUGAUGUCAAAACAGGUUACAGGAAAUUUGAUCGAAAGAAAUUUCGUUCAAAAAGAAAUUUGAUGCAAAAUUGUAUCGUAAAAAUUGAAAAGAAGAUUCGACCAAAUUUCCAUUCGAUCAUAUUACCGUCGACGAAAUUUCUUUCGAUCAAAUUUCCGGAUACGGUCAAAACAUGGGGGUGGGGGGUGGGGGUGGCUAUAUGAUUUUAAAUGACUUCUGGUGUCCUAAUACGAUAUUGAUGUCAUUUUCAGAUGGUGAGAAACGCCUACAAGCACGUGGGCUGUACCAUAGUCCACUGUACCAACGCACCUCUGAACAAUUUCGUCAUAUGUGAUUACAGGUAACGAAGUUCACACCUCUAUAGGGUUGACUGGGAAGACGUUGUUUUCCUGACAAGUUGGUUGAUACGUUCAGCCACAAAGGAGUGUAACUAAAUUGUAUGUUGAUCACAAAUAUUUUGAUUGAGUUAUUAGUGCUGAAUUUAACAUUUCCUUUUAUUUUAUUUAUAAUUUUAUCUACAAAACAAAAUGGUUUAGGUUGGGGUAAGGUAGUGGAUAGUUUGGUGGUAGAUGGUGUAGAAGUAGAUGUUGUAGUAGUAGAUGGUGUAGUAGUGGAUGGUGUAGUAGUAGAUGGUUUAGUAGUAAAUGGUGUAGUAGAACAUGGUGUGGCAGUGGAUGGUGGGUUAGCGGAUGCAGGGGUAGUGGAUGGUGUAUUUAUAGAUGGUGUAGUAGAGCAUGGUGAAGUAGUGGACGAUGGUGAAGUGGAAUAUGAGAUACUGGAUGGUGAGGUAGUGUAUGAUGGUGAAGUGGAAGAUGAGAUACUGUAUGGUAGGGUUGUGGGUGAUGGUGAAUUGGAAGAUGAGAUACUAGAUGGUGUAGUAAUGGAUGAUGGCGAAGUGGAAGAUGAGAUACUGGAUUGUGAAGUAGUGGAUGAUGGUGAAGUAUAAGAUGAGAAACUGGAUGGUGGGUAGUGGAUGGUGCGGUACUGGAAGAUGAGAUACUGUAUUGUGGGGUAAUGGACGAUAGUCAAGUGGAAGAUGAGAUACUGGAUGGUGGGGUAGUGGAUGAUGGUGAAGUGGAAGAUGAGAUACUGGAUGGUGGUGUAGUGGAAGAUGGUGAAGUGGAAGGUGACAUACUGGAUAGUGGGUUAGUGGAUGGUGGGGUAGUGGAUGGUGGGAUACGGUAGGUUAGGGUAUGGUAGAGUAGGGUAAUGUAGUAGUGUAGAGUAAUAGAUGAUGGUUUAAGGUAAAGGAUUGUUUUGAUGGAUAUCGUUGGGCAUAUCGGGGUAGUAUAUUUAUGUUACAUGUGAUCUCAUCUCUGUUUCAUCAUGUUCGUCGACUCAAUUUCGUUUCCAAGUUAAAGUUUUAAUGACCUCAGCCUUUGCUUGUAUUCUCAGCGGCUAACCGAAUCGGAUGGUUCUGUGGACGCAUUGCGUCAUGACGUCAUCAUUCGGCUGUUACGAAAAGAAAGUCUUUGGUUCAAGGCUAUUUUUCUUUUAACCAUCAACCUUCAUUUAUUUU